UUAACUGUUGACGAGCACAACUUCUGGUACUAUGGCGAAAGCUAGACAUAGUGAUUGUAUCUCACAACAAUAGGGUUGAGGUACGGAAGUCGAGGUAUUUGAUACAACCAUGUAAGACGCAGCAUCUUGGGAUUGCUUAGGAACUUCUGCGAGAUACGUGCUGUUGUUCCAUCUAGCCCGAGCUUUCGCGACGGCAGUAGAGCAUGACAAGCAUUCUGGGCCCCUUGUACAGUCUGCAUGAUCCGUGCAUGGACACAUGCGCGUGUCAGCCAAUGCUGGCUUCGGGGUAGCAGAUUCCCGGGUAGCAAUGGUCGCAAAAUGGAACGAUAGUCCGUUGAUACAUAAACCGUGGUGUCGCAUAGCGAUAGAUCCACUUCCCCACACAGUAUCUCACAUCGUUGCUCAAGAUGGGAGUCGCUGUCACGGUCUUCAGCGCAAUCUUUCUGGCAACUGGAGGUUUCCUUUUCGGAUAUGAUUCUGGUAUCAUCACCUCGACCAUCGCCCUUCCUACCUUCAAAGAGUACUUCAACGACCCUUCGGACGAUGUCGUUGGUGGUAUUGUGUCCGCCUUUCAAGGUGGUGCCAUCGCCGGGACCAUCUUCAACAUGCUAUUCGCGGAUAUGCUAGGCCGGCGCUGGACUAUCUUCGUAGGAUCGGUCAUCUCCAUCUUGGGCAGUUCUCUUCAAGCAGGCGCUGUGAACAUGGCUAUGCUUAUCGUUGGCCGCUUCAUCGGCGGAGUCGCUGUGGGUCAGCUCACUUCGACUAUCCCCAUGUAUGCUGGUGAGCUUUCCGAGGCAAAGUAUCGUGGCACACUCUCGGGUUUGUUGCAGUGGAUGUUGAGCUGGGGAUUCUUUGUCGCUCAAUGGCUCGGCUAUGGUUGCUCUUUCAACAGCACUCAGUUCUCAUGGCGCUUCCCUCUCGCAUUCCAGAAUCUGCCUGGUCUCGUCUUGCUUGCUGGCAUUUUCUUCCUGCAAGAGUCUCCCCGUUGGCUCAUGGAGAAAGAUCGACAUGAAGACGCCAUGGCCUCGCUCAGUAAGCUCCGAAGAGGCCACGAUGCUGAGACAAUCGAUCUCGAAUUUCGCGAAAUCCGUGAUGUCAUCAUCGCAGACCGCGCUCUGGGCAACAUCAGUUGGCUCUCAAUCAUUACGAAAACCUCAUGGCGCAAGCGUCUCUUGCUGGGUUGUGGUGUGCAAGCAUUCGGUCCGCUUUCCGGUAUCAACGUUAUCAACUACUAUGGCCCACGCAUCUACGAGAUCCUUGGGAUAUCGACACAAGAAUCGCUCAUGAUUAUCGGUAUCAGCGGCGCCCUCUCAAUCGUGUGGUGUACUAUCGGACUGGCACUAGUCGACAAAUUUGGACGUAUCAAGCCCCUUCUCAUAUCGGCAGCGGGCCUAGCAGCUGCCUUGCUCGUCAACGCCGUACAAGGGCAAUACUUCGACCCCAACAAUGGCGCGCAGCUGCGCAGUAUGGUGGCCAUGAACUUCCUCUUCUCCUUCUUUUACACCCCUCUUGGUAUCAUAUCCUGGGUUUACCCUGCGGAAAUCUUCCCCAUCGAAUGCCGCGCCCUUGGUAACGCCAUCACAACCUUCACGAACUGGGUCGUUAACCUCAUCUUCGCUCAGUUCUCCCCCCAGGCACUCAGCACGAUUGAGUUCAAGUACUUUUAUGUCUUCUUCUGCUUCAACAUUAUUGCCUUCUUGUGCUAUUGGUUCUUCUAUCCGGAAACCAAGGGUAAGACCUUGGAGCAGAUGGACGAGCUAUUUGGCGAUCAGUUGGUACCGCAUGCAUUGCAAGAUCCGGCAGCGGCAUCGGCGGCUAUGGAAAAGGAUGAGAAGCUUCAUGCGGAGAUCGCAGUCGUCUGAUUGCGAUUCGGUGCGGCCGGUGUUGGCUUUGAGCAGGAGGUAUGUCAGAGGGAAGCUGCAGGUGGCGUUGUUGGAAGAUUAACAUGUGAUACGUGCGCGGUGUCUAUAGCGACUUAUUACCAGAUAUAUGAUCUGUAUGAUCUGUGACCUUCCGAAACUGCCAAUGUGACGUAGACGGACAGAAUGUUUG